AUGGCGGGGACAUCGAGACACGACCGAGAGAUGAUGAUGAACGUGAAACGCCAGCUCACCGAGUGUUCGGACCCGGUGGAGAGACUCCGCCUCCAGUGUCUCGCUCGAGGGUCGUCAGGGAUCAAAGGGCUGGGAAGAACCUUUAAGAUAAUGGACGAUGACCAGAACCGCUCUCUGGACAUCAAAGAGUUCCUGAAGGGUCUGAACGACUACGGGAUCCUGAUGGAGCGAGACGAAGCCACGGCUCUGUUCCAUCAGUUUGACCGGGACGGGAGCGGCGCCAUCAACUUCGACGAGUUCCUCAUCACUCUCAGGCCCCCCAUGUCCAAGGCCAGGAAGGAGGUGGUCAUGCAAGCGUUUCGGAAACUGGACAAGACGGCGGACGGCGUGAUCACCGUGGAGGACCUGCAGGGGGUCUACAACGCCAAGUACCACCCCAAGUACCAGAAUGGAGAGUGGACGGAGGAUCAGGUCUUCAGGACGUUCCUGGACAGCUUCGACACUCCGUACGACAAAGAUGGAAAAGUGACGCAGGAGGAGUUCUUCAGUUAUUAUUCUGGUGUGAGUGCGUCCAUCGAUACAGACGUCUACUUUAUUGUGAUGAUGAGAAAUGCCUGGAAGCUCUGA